ACAAAAGGACAAUUCCGUCAUUUCAUAAAUCACGAAACGAUAAAAAGCCUUUCCCCCCUUAUAUUUUCGUUUUCGCGCCUGCCCGCUGAGUUAUUUAGGGUUUCAAAAACCUCUUACCGCUCCACUUCCCCCACUCUCACUUUCAGUUUCUCUCAGAGUAAGCUCCUCAAUUUCGCCGGAAAACAUGCCGCCGGUAAACUUAACGGAUGGCGCAGUAGAGAGGCUAUCGAUCGGCGAGUGGGACGCCGAUGAGUUUAAGCCGGUUUUACAGAUCGUAGAUGUUAGGUUAGUGACUACUCAGGCUAACAAUGCUGAAAGAUACCGGCUAUUGAUAUCUGACGGAGUGCAUCACCAGCAAGGAAUGUUAGCUACGCAAAAGAAUGAUCUUAUUCGGUCUCAGAACAUUCAGAAAGGAAGUAUUAUUCAGUUGAAGGAGUUCGUUCGUAAUGUCAUCCGGGGUCGAGUGAUCAUCAUUAUCAUUGAAUUAGAUAUUUUAUAUCAGUCAUGUGAUCAAAUUGGAGACCCAAAGCAUUAUAUCAGAGCUGAUGAUAAUACUCCUUCAGUGCCUUCCACCAAUCAAUUAGGUGGUGUAAGCGUAAACCCCCAAUCAUUUGCUUCUGUUUCAGCUACUUUAGGCUCAAUUCCAAGGCCAAAUAUGUCAGGAGGAAUGCAAUCUCCUGAGACAAACCGUAGCAGUGGUAACAAUACUUCCUCUGUUGGUAAUACUGACAGUGGACGAUAUAGUUCAGGGGCACCUCUUUACCCCAAAGCAGAAUCUGGUCCUGCGAUUUCACGAGGUCCAGUGAAUUAUGUCCGACCACCUCAGCCUUCUUAUCAGCAGCCUCCUCAGCCUUCUUAUCAGCAGCCUCCUCAGCCUUCUUAUCAGCAGUCACCUCUGUCUUCUUACCAGCAGCCAUCACCAAUGUACUCAAACAGAGGACCUAUAGCCAAGAAUGAAGCACCUCCGAGGAUUAUUCCAAUUAAUGCUCUCAAUCCAUAUCAGGGUCGGUGGACUAUCAAGGCCAGAGUAACUUCGAAGACGGAACUCAGACUCUACAACAAUCAAAAGGGUGAUGGAAAAGUAUUCUCUUUUGAUCUUCUUGAUUCUGAUGGAGGAGAAAUAAGGGUAACUUGUUUCAACUCUGUAGCUGACCAAUUUUACCAGCAGAUUGAGCCAGGUAAAGUGUAUCUAAUAUCAAAAGGAAACUUGAGACCAGCUCAGAAAAAUUACAACCACCUUCCAAAUGACCAUGAAAUCAUGCUUGAGAGCACGUCUGUAAUUCAACCUAUUUUUGAGGAUGACAGGACUAUUCCUCAGCAGCAAUUUCAUUUUCGGCCAAUCAGUGAUAUUGAAGCCAUGGAAAACAACAAUGUGGUCGAUGUGAUUGGUGUGGUGUCUUCAAUAAGUCCAUCUAGUUCAAUAAUGAGGAAAAAUGGUACAGAAACUCAUAAAAGAGUCCUCCAGCUGAAGGACAUGUCUGGCAGAAGUGUUGAAUUAACUUUAUGGGGAAAUUUCUGCAAUGCAGAAGGUCAAACACUUCAGAGUAUGUGUGAUUCUGGGGCUUUCCCUGUCUUGGCAGUUAAAGCUGGGAGAGUAAAUGAUUUUAAUGGCAAAUCUAUAGGUACUAUAUCUACGAGCAAGUUGUUUAUAGAGCCAGAUUUUCCUGAAGCUCUGAAAACGAAGGCAUGGUUUGAAAGGGAGGGAAAGAAUGUGCCAUCAAUAUCAUUGUCACGAGAAGUGAGCAGCAUUGGUCGGACAGAUGUGCGAAAAACUAUAUCUCAAAUCAAAGAUGAACGGUUAGGUACUUCUGAGAAACCAGAUUGGAUCACUAUAAGUGCCACUGUGACAUUUAUAAAGGUUGACAAUUUUUGCUAUACUGCAUGUCCCCUCAUGAUAGGAGAUCGACAGUGCAGCAAAAAAGUGACAAAUAAUGGGGAUGGAAAAUGGCGAUGUGACAGGUGUGAUCAGUCUGUUGAUGAAUGUGAAUAUAGAUACAUUCUUCAGUUCCAGAUUCAGGACCAUACUGGCUUAACAUGGGUUACUGCAUUUCAGGAGUGCGGUGACCAGAUCAUGGGUGUAUCUGCAAAAGAGUUGUAUUUCUUAAAAUAUGAGGAGCAGGAUGAUGAUAAGUUUGCAGAAAUCAUGCGUAAUAUUUUAUUCAGCAAGUUUAUAUUUAAACUGAAAGUGAAAGAAGAGAUGUAUAGUGAUGAACAGCGUGUUAAGUCAACAGUGGUCAAAGCUGAGAAGCUGAACUUCCAAACAGAGACCAGGUUUCUGUUGGACUUGAUAGACAAGCUCAAUGGGCAAGAAUCCGGUGCUCUACCUCCCAAGACAGACGAUGCAACUCCAAGUUCAGGGUUUAAUCAUGCUGGAUUCGGGAGUAAACUCAAAGAACCAAUGAACCCUGUUACAAAUUAUGGUGGCAGCAGCAAUAGCAGUAUCAGCAGAAGUGGACUUCAGGGAAAUCUGCAAGGUCCAUCUGGAAAUCAGUUUACUGGCUCACAGUUCGCUCCAACUGGCUCUUCUACCGGCAUGCAUAUGAGCUGUAAUAGUUGUGGUGGAGCCGGCCAUAGUGCUAUGAACUGUCCAAGCAUGAUUAGUGGUCAGAGCCAGGCAUAUGGAGGAAGUGGUGGUUUUGGCAAUAGGGCAACUUCAGGCAUGGGCAGUGGUGGUAAUUCUGGUGAGUGCUAUAAAUGCCAUCAGGCUGGACAUUGGGCAAGAGAUUGCCCAGGUGUAAGCAAUGCACCUGCUGCCAAUAACAUGGUCCCUGGAAGAUAUGGGAAUACCCCAAGGCAACAUGUUGGUGGUUUUUGAAGAACCUUUGAGCGCAUGAAGUUGUCUUGUACAGGUUUAGAUGUCUUUCUGCUUUGGAGAAAGCUUCUUGAGGCUUGCGUUUUGCCUUUCUGUACAGUCGCCACUUGGGGAUUAAAUUAUGCAGCGCUGUUCCUGGCCAAGUGGGCUUACAAGUCUUGUCCUUGUUUCGAAGAGUGACAUUUCGUUGCUCUUUCCCUGUAUAUUAUUUUCCUGCUUUAGUGAUCUCUUUGUUUUUUUUUUUUUUUUUUUGGUUCUUUUUAGGUAGUCUUUCUUUGUGGUUUCGACCUUUUAAGAUAAAAACUCCUGUUUUUACAAUGUUAGAAUAUGUUAUCCCAUCUUUUUCAUCUGUUGACAUGUCAUUUGUAGCAACUUUUGAAUACUUACGUUUUGCUACAUGAAUUAUGGAAUUCACUUUUAAAAAUUAAGGACUUUGGACUAAAA